AUGGAGCUUGAAUUUGAAAAGGGUUUGUUAGAAUAUGUGAGAAAAUCUUCACCACCACCUUUCUUGUUGAAAACCUAUAUGCUAGUGGAGGAUCGUGAGACCGAUGAAAUCGUGUCGUGGAACGACGACGGGAGUGGUUUUGUGGUGUGGCAACCGGCGGAAUUCGCCAGAGAUUUGCUUCCAAAACUCUUCAAGCACAGCAACUUCUCUAGCUUUGUCAGGCAACUCAAUACUUAUGGGUUUCGAAAAGUAGCAACUACGAGGUGGGAAUUUUGCAACAAAAUGUUUCGCAAGGGUAAACAAGAUCUCCUCUGCGAAAUUCGUCGUAGAAAAGCAUUGACCAACAAGACACAAACUGCUGCACAAAACCAAUCCACACCAAAAGAAUCGGACGAAGAUCAAAGGUCAUCUUCAACUUCAUCAUCUUUUGGUUACACAACCCUUGUCGAUGAGAAUAAACGACUCAAGAGAGAGAAUGGGGUCCUAAGCACAGAGCUUUCAAGCAUGAAAAAGAAGUGCAAGGAGCUCCUUGAUUUGGUGGCCAUGUAUACGAAUUCGGAGAAAGAGGAGGAGGAGGAUGAGAGGCCAUUAAAGCUGUUCGGUGUGAGGUUGGAGGUUCAAGGAGAGAGGGAGAGAAAGAGAAAGAGAAAGAUUAAUGAAAGUGCAAGGGUUCUACUAUCACAGUCUUGCAAAUGA